AUGUGCAGCAACGAAAGCCCACCAAAUACGUCUCCACGAUUGCCGAUGCCUUUUCCAUUAGAAGCCAAUGGUCCACGAGCAUUGCUCUCGAUAGAUCACUACCGUCUUCAACUAUAUCAGUAUGCUGUAGCAGAACGUCUAAGGUAUCCGCUUCUUAAUCCAUUUCCAUCAUCUUUAACUUGCUACCCAUUAUUUCCACGCGCUCUACAACCAGAAGAGCCUAAACCUCAACACAGUUAUAUCGGCCUUAUUGCAAUGGCCAUUUUAGGCUCUCCAGAAGGAAAAUUGGUGCUUUCGGAUAUUUAUCAGCAUAUCCUGGAUAACUAUCCAUAUUUUCGUUCGAGAGCGCCAGGUUGGAAAAAUUCAAUACGUCACAAUUUAUCCCUAAAUGAUUGCUUCAUUAAAGCAGGGCGUAGCGCUAACGGCAAAGGCCAUUACUGGGCAAUACAUCCAGCUAAUGUUGAAGAUUUUCGCAAAGGUGACUUUAGACGACGUAAAGCACAAAGGAAAGUUCGCAAACAUAUGGGUUUAGCAGUUGAUGAGGAUGGUGCAGAUUCACCAAGUCCACCACCACAAUCAGUAAGUCCUCCAGUACUUCCUGGACCAUCGACAUCAGUUUUUCCAUCAUCUUCGCAUACGCGAAACACGAGAAAGCGACAAUUUGAUGUCGCAAGUCUCUUGGCACCCGAUUCUGGCGAAGAAACCAAUGAAGAAGACAUUGAUGUUGUUUCUAGUGAUCAACAAGACUCUGUAGAGUCUAAAGCAUGGCCAAUGUUUCCUAUAGUGAAUUAUUAUCAAGCGUUACUGCAAACCAGGUCAACGACGGCAGAUUCCUUAGUUACGGAUCCGACGCAUAACGUGAGUCCAGACUCUUAA